AUGUUUCCAAGACGAAAUCGAUACUCCUCCAAUCAUGAUCCUCCUCGAUCUGACAAUCUCUUCUCAUUGAUCACUGAAGGUCCAUUCCGACUCUCCAUUCAUGAUAAUCCAUUGAAAAAUGUAAGACAUUUAGGUGGAGUCAUGAAUAUUCAUUCCGAUCGUCCAUCAAACCCAACUCAAUUCGCUUGUUUACCUUCCGAAUUGUUCGGAGUGAUUUUAACCUUCAGUGGAAUACAAUGUCUAUCUCUUUUAUCCACUCUCAAUCGUACCAGUUUUGAAAAAUUUGAAAAUGAAGAUGAUUUGGUAUACAAAAUAUUAUUACAGACCUUGAUGAAAAAGGAUGAAGCCCAUGUCGAACAAGUACGUGAGAAAUUAGGAUUCACUUAUAAAUAUAGCUUGAAACAAUUAGUAAGAAGAUGUAACCGAGCGUUGGGAAAUGGAAAUUAUUUAUUUGAUACGUUGCACUUGUCCAGUGGAGAUGAAGAAGAGGAAUAUGGUGAAGUAGCAAACACAACAGAAUUAGAAACAAAAUGUGAACUUUGUCAGGUGAAAAUUCCAGAAUUUGAAAUAUUAUCUCUAACACAAUGUACAGUAGAAAUGAAUGUCUAUAUUGGAAAACCUUCCAAUGGAACCUUAAUCAAGUUAGGAAAUGAAAGUUUCACGUUGAGUUUAGAAAUGGAAGAUUCCAUAUUGAAGCUAGUAGAGAAUUGUUCAACCUUGCUCGCACACCAAUACAUCUGUUUUAAUGAAUGGACUCACAUUGCAAUUAUCACAAGUCCUUCUCCUUACUCGUCCAAUUACUACUCUCUUAGAUUAUUGCUAAAUGGAAUUGAAAUGAAUGUUUUAGAUCGUUGUACAGCACCUUCAGAUGUGACUCGAGUGGAUUUUUUGACGUGUUGGCAGAAUCAAGAAUUGAAAAAACCAUUGAUUGGAAAAUUCACAGAAGUACGAGUCUGGAAUUGUUCAAAACAAACAAAUGAUAUCACAAAAAACAUUCAAGCUCGAUUGAAUCCAUUUGUAAAAAGUGUGAAUAUGGAUCAUUUAAUGCUUUACUUUUAUCCUGACUUGGAAGAUGAAGAUUGCGAGACUUGUGUGAAAAACAAAUCUCCUCUCAAGGACAUGAAGAGCUUGGACAAUCAUUUAAUCAUUUCUCCAAAUGUAAAGAUUCGAAAAAUUGAAGCUAGACAGCCAGGAUUUUUUGACGAUCUUUGUAACAUUCUCUAA